AUGCCGACUUCUCCAGUGAAAACCCGCAUUCCUCUGACAAGCUUUGGACAUCUUGUGACAGAGGUGAAGAGGCAGCUGUUUGGCAUAGAGCCCCCUGCGUCGCUGGAGUUCACUGGCUGGAGGAAGUACUUUAAUAGCUAUACACCACAGGGACGACGGAAUUGCGUCUUGGCUACGUAUAGCAUCCUGGUUGCCACAGCAGCGGUCUUCAUGAUGCAAAAGCAAAAUAGACAGGGAAAAAUUUCCUCGAGCCCCACUGUCUGA